AUGGAUGGCAAAGAGAAGAAUUUUGAAUGUUGGAAAAAGAUAAAAUAUGGAACGAACGGCGCCGUUAAUGUUGACCGAGUGAAGACCCUCACCACCCUGGGGGCUCCAAACUGUGUGCGAAACUUGUUCCUCUGCGUUGCUGACUCAUGGAAUGUCUCUUCCACGUGCUUUUGUCAGGGUUUGUGCAAGAAAUAUGGUAAAAAAGAGGGGGAAAUCGCCCGAGAUGGCAUGUAUUCGGUGUGGUUGAAGGAAGGAAGGAUGUGA